AUGGAUUCCGUUGCUCAGAAAGAGAGAUGCUUUGAAAAGAGAGUGAAAUUUGAUACUAUUCUGCAAACGGAGGAUUACAUUCAAUACAGUUAUUUAAACGAGAUCAUCGUACUCUGCAUAUAUUCAGAUCUUUCGGAAUCUUUUAAGUUUUCUGAUGAUGCAAAACAACUGGCAAAUCAUUACUUAAGCAAUUUUUCAGGAAAUGGUGUUGGCACUUAUUCGAAGACUAUCGGUCUGCCGUUCACAAGAAAGGAUGUCACAAAUUACAUUUUAGAACGAGAUGGUACCUUAAAUCUGGAACAAGACGAAGAGGUUCUCAUUGAAAAUAAUGAAUGGUCAUUAUUGAAUAGUAUCUUAAAAUUUUUCAUAGGUGCUCAUAUGAAUAGUGGUUAUGGUAUUCUAAUUCCUUAUCCCUCAUCGCCUAUUAUUCAGGAAGCAGUCGAAAUAUGUGGGUUUUUGCCUGUCCCCUAUUAUCUGACAGAAGCUGCUGAUCAAUGGACAAUUGAAGAAGAAGCACUUGUGAAAGCUCUAGAAGGAUCUCAUUGCAAGAUAAAUUGUAUAUUUUUGGAGAAUCCGGGAUAUCCAACAGGUCACCUAUAUUCGGAAAAAGAACUGGAGAUAUUUUUCCGUGUGGCCAAAAAUCAUGGCAUUGUGCUUAUAGCAAUAGAAAAUUUACAAAUGGAUGUUUAUAGAAAAAACAAAUUUUUAUCAUCCAGGAAAGCACUCAUACAAAAGGAUGAAAUUUACAAAUCUGUGCAAUUAAUGUGUUUGUUUUCAUUAGCUCGAAGUCCACAGGGUGACAAAAGUAUGCAGAUAAGUUACAUUGAUAGCUUACGAAUGGAUAAGUUGACCACAAAAUUCGGCACCCUUACCUUUACUUCCGCGGCUACUGUCCAUCAAAUCUAUUUAAGUCUUUUUCUAGCACCAAAAUAUGUAAGAAAAUACCCUUCAUUUACAAAAUUCGAAAAUGAAAGACACAACUUCAUAGAACUACUCGGAAAUUUAGCUGAAAUUACCGUUGACUUUUUUAACUUACAGCCUUAUAUGAGUUGCAGCCAGGUAUUUGCUGGCCAUUGUGCUUUUCCUAAAUUACUGUUUCCAAGUCGGUGGAUUACUGAUGAAAAUGAGGCUUUGGAUCUCGAGGAAAAUUACUGCUGUGAACUAUACGCAACUACAGGUAUUUAUGUUGUUCCUGGUAAAGUCUUUGGUGAAAAUCCUGACAGUAUGCAUUUUAAAUAUACAUUUCCACUCGAUCAAAUAACACUCCAUGAGCAACUGGAGAAAAUAAGACAAUUUCAUCAAAAAUUUAUACAAUCUUUGAUUGCUUAA